GGCACUCAGGAGAGUUAAGUAUCGGUUUUUCUGGAAACUGCUAUGCGGUCUUCGGGCACCGCUCCACCACACCCGGGUUUCCGGGGUCUCCCGAAUAAUCCUACCUGAGAAAGAAGCUCAGAGGAAGAGGAAAGAAAGAAGGAAUGGCCCUUUCCCAGGGACUGUUGACAUUCAAGGAUGUGGCCAUCAUGUUCUCUCAGGAGGAGUGGGAAUGCCUGGACCCUGCUCAGAGGGCCUUGUACAGGGACGUGAUGCUGGAGACCUACAGGAACCUGCUCUCCCUGGCCUUUCUGCUGGAUUUGCAAUCAAGGAGUUAUCACCAAGAGAGGACAUUAAUAAAGGAGAAUUAUACCAUCUAGUGAUACUGGACAGAAAUGAAAACCAUGGCAUCAAGGAUUUUGAGCUCAAGGAAGUCUGUGCAGAUGUGCAGGAGUGUGAGAGUGAGUGGGGAUGUGAUGCAAGAAAUGACAAAGAAGUACUUUUGACCCAUAA